GGCACUGACGCCACCCAGAGAGGUCCUUCGGGACAUGCCCUUCACUGGGCCUGUUAAUGAGUCCGUGCUGUCUGGGGUGGCAGUGAGCGGACCAGGUGCACCAACAGGGCUGGUGGGGAGACACCCGCCCGGGACACGCCAAUCGUGGUUCCUCAAGGGCGUAGGCCGUGAAGGGGCUGCCAGAGGGACGAUCAGUGCCUGCGUCCGUGCAUACUGUCCACUGCCCGCCGCCUGACGCAAUCCGAGGUGCCCUUGCUGCAUGCCGGAGCUGGGGAAACCUCCCCCGCGGUUGCAUCACUCCUGCCAGGUUUGCUACAGAGGUGGAGCCGAGCCAAUCACCGGGCGCGCUGGGCCUGGGGCAGCCGGGCAGUUAUCCACUCAGAGGGCGGCGCGGUUAACCGGGAAGAAAAACACGAAGGUAAUUGGUCAAAGGGGGAUUUGCCCCGCCCCAAUCACCGCGGCAGCUGGCGCGGUGGGCGGAGACCCGUUGCGGCCGGAGGGUUUAAAAGGCGCCUCCGGCGGGGCCGCGCAGCUGGAGCGACCGAGCGGUGCCAGGCCAGGUGUGCGCGUCCGUCGGUCCUUCCGUGCCCGCGCCGGAGACCAGCCUCGGAGGCCGCCGGGCCUCCCUGUGCCCGGCACCAUGAAGCAGGAGUCCACAGCCCAGAACACGCCGCCCGCCUCGCCGCCCCUCUCACCAGCCCCCUCGCCAACCCCCUCGCCAACCCCCUCGCCACCCUCGCAGCAUCCCCGGGAUGACGGCGACCCCCAAGCGCUGUGGAUUUUCGGGUACGGCUCCCUGGUGUGGAGGCCCGACUUCGCCUACAGCGACAGCCGUGUGGGCUUCGUGCGCGGCUACAGCCGCCGCUUCUGGCAGGGAGACACCUUCCAUCGGGGCAGCGACAAGAUGCCUGGCCGUGUGGUGACCCUCCUUGAAGAUCAUGAGGGCUGCACUUGGGGUGUGGCAUACCAGGUUCGAGGUGAGCAGGUGAGCGAGGCGCUGAAGUACCUGAAUGUUCGGGAAGCAGUGCUUGGCGGCUAUGAUACCAAGGAAGUCACCUUCUACCCCCAAGAUACCCCUGACCAACCACUCAAGGCAUUGGCUUAUGUGGCCACCCCCCAGAAUCCUGGUUACCUGGGUCCUGCCCCUGAGGAGGCCAUUGCAACACAGAUCCUGGCCUGCCGCGGCUUCUCGGGCCACAACCUCGAGUACUUGUUGCGUCUGGCGGACUUCAUGCAGCUCUGUGGGCCCCAGGCACAGGAUGAGCACCUGGCUGCCAUCGUGGACGCUGUGGGCACCAUGCUGCCCUGCUUCUGCCCCACCGAGCAGGCUUUGGCACUGGUCUGAGGGGCUGAGCCCCUGCACAGAGUGUCCACAUAGACAUGGGGCCAAGUCCCCAAGCCUGUGCACACAGCGGACUUGAUAGAGUUGGAGCCCGCUGGAAGGACUCGGUGGACAGCUGGGAGCCUUUCUCCUAAGCCCCUGCCUGUCCCACCAGCCUCCAGCUAUCCUGCCUGACACUGACUACUUGAAACUAUUUAUUGCACCAUGUUGGUGUGGUGGGCAAGUGGGGGGACUGCCCCAGACAUAGGGGCCCUGCUGAGCAGUGCCCCACCUCAGGCACCUGGUGCCUGGCCCAGUUCCCCCCAGUACUGCUGCUAACCCCAUACCACCCAGGCCUCUGCCUCCCAUCUCCAGUCCAAACACUCCUCAGCCCUGGAAAUAGAGGACAUGGGAAAAGUCCCAGCCUGUUGGGAAGGGGCGGGGUGGGUGUGGGUGGGGGGUGAGGAUUAGGGAGCCUUACAAGAACUGAGACACUUGAGGGUCCUGUUGAUCCCCGCCCUUUCACACCCUCCCCCUGCCACCCCCCUCCCCCCCGCCAGGUUUCCAGGGUAGAACUGGAUCUGGAGCCCGGGCAUAACUGCUGAGGCUGGGCCUGGGCCUCUGAGCCACUUGGCUGUUUCCUGUCCCUCUGUCUGUCUGCUUGUCUUCAUGUUGGUCUGUUCCAAGGGAGCUCAUCACUAUGGGCCCUGGUACCUUCCCAGUCUGUCCCACACUGUUAUCCAUAAACUGAUCUCUUAUUAUCUGUUUUGUGCUGGAAUGUCGUUCUUUCUUCAGAGGGGCUGUUGGGGCAAGGGAACUGGUGAAGCCCUGGAAGGCGCACAAGAGGGGCAAGGGCUCCCUCUGUCUCCAUCUCUCUCGCAGGGAGGGGGACAGUUGAGAGGGCAGGGCUACCGGCCGGUUUGCAACAGUCCCAGGAGGCACCAUUCACAUCUUAGUGCAGGCAAAAAUGCUCUGAGGUACGCAGAAUUCCGUCCGCAGGGCUCUACUGGGCAGCCUCAUGCGCUGCGUAAUUACCAGGGGCCUGGUGCUCUGCGGCUCCUUUCUGAUGCCCCGAGGAGGUUGGUGGGCUUGGAGGUCAGACCAGGUCUUCCUCUAGCCGCUGCCUCUUGCUGACCUCGAGAGGAGACCCCUGGCUUCCUGCUAAAGGAGCAGGUGGGUUAGAGAAGGGUGAUAGCAGAGACCUGUGGCCUUUCGGAGGACAUCCAGGUGCUUUCUGUUGCCUCUUGGGGCUGGGGUGUGGGCUGUGCCUUCUUGGUUAACCUGACCUGCCAGGACUCUUGCUCUCUAUGGAAAGAGUUGUUGGGGGUGCCCUCUGGAUUACUACUUGUUUACCAUCUGCCUGCUCCUGGUUGCUGCUCCCCCUAAGCCCCCACCCCCAUCCCCAGGUGGAAAGCCCAGCCCCCUGGGAUCUCAGCGGGCUCAGCCUCUUGCUCCUGGGCCCACAGGACAGCUUUUUCAUAGCAGAAGAGCCUGGCUCCUCCCUAGCCUCUUCCCUCCUUGGCCCAGUGACCUCCCGAAAACUCAUCAGUUUACGCCGGGACGCUGUAUGGUAUGUCUUGUUGCUGCUCUUGUUUUGGCUGGUGCCCUGGAUUGGUCUGGGUGUCCCCAGCGGGGUCAGCUCGAACCAGCUGGGCAGCUGUUGGGCCUGUUGUGUUGGUGUCCUCAUGUCUUGGCCAUUGGUGGGGGAAGCGUGGGGUUAGCCAAGUUCUAGGACGGUAACACAACAGGAGGAGGGAGCAGGGAGGCUUAGGCAGCCACUUCCCAGGCCAGGGUGGGGCAGGGCAGCCAGUUCUGGGUGCUCAGAGCAGAGCCCUACUGUCUGCUGAGUCCUGGGCCAGGUGGGGAGGUGGGGUUGGGCACGCAGGGGGAGGGCUGCUUGCCUUCAAGUUAUUCAUUUAAGUAUUGACUAAAGUGUGAUAGGCCAGGCACUGCCCUGAGCACUGGGGAUACAGCAGUGAAGCAAUCUCUCUCCUGAGGGAACUCAGGAACUCAGCUUAGAAAUUCUGAAUGGUGGCUUUUCUUUUUUUCUUUUUUUUCUUUUUCUGAAUGGGGACCAUAUAGCAUGAGAUGUGCUGUGAUGGGAGAAGAGGGCCCUCUGCUUAGGGAGGUGGUCAGGGAAGCUUUCUGAGGGAAGGAAUGAUGAGGCUGAGCCUUGAGCUUGAGAAGGUGUCUCUGGUGAACGGAGGCCAGGGGCAGCUCGUGCCAGAGUGGGAAGUCAGGUCAGGCCAGUGGGGAUGGAGUGGACAGUGGUGUCAGGGGUGGGGGGGUGGGAAUUGGGACUGGACAGGGGGCAGGACAACAUCCAGCCGGCUGGGCCUGGUCAUCUGUGCUGCACCAUGGAGGUGGCAUUCCUUCUUGGAUUCUGAGCUGGGAAGAGACUGCUGAAGAGGAACCUGGCUCCUGGGUUGGGUUACAGCAGGAAGGCCAGAGACAGGCUGCGGAGACAUGAAGAUGGCCUGAGCCGAGAUGUGGCAGUGGGAAUGGGCAGGAGGAUAGAUCUGAGAGUGUUCAGGGCGUGAGGAUGGUAGGGUUUGGUGCGGCUGGCUGAGGGGGAGAGUGAGGAAGGGUAGAGGGCCAGGGUUGCUGGUACAGUUAAAGGGGUGGAAGGGCAGGGGUAGAGACGGGCCCUGUGUGAGUGUGUGAGCUGCGGAUGUCUGUGUGGGGCAGCUGGGGAUAUGGGUCGGCAGGAAGGCCGACUGGAGUCAGAGAUUUCGGGGCCUUACCCAGGGAGACAGUUUUGGAAAGCCUUGGA